AUGUGCCAGGACUCAAAGAAACCUUCCGUACCCAACCAGGAGCCAAAGACACCAUCGGGCAAAAAAGUGAAGUCUCCACACCCUGCCCUGUCCCGGUCGUGGAAGCAGGCCCGCGAGCAGACGCUGGUGGCAGCCUACGUGCCGGUGGUGGUAGACCCGAGGGGGCAGAACCUGGACAAGCUCAGGUUCAACUUCUACACCUCCCAGUACUCCAACUCCCUGAGCCCCUUCUCCACCUUGCAGAAGCUGACCUGUGGCUACCUAUACCAAAGGGACACUGAUCACACCCGCAAGCGCGUCGACGUGCCUCCUGCCAACCUGGCCUUGUGGCGCUCCUAG